AUGUGGGCUCCAGAGCGAUAUACAGAAGUGAUACGGGCUCCAAAGCCAGAGAUUCAAACAAUUUGGGCUAAAGAGCGAGAUAUUGAAGUGAUAAGGCCUCCAAAGCCAGAGAUUCAAGUAAUGUGGGCUCCAGAGCGAUAUACAGAAGUGAUACGGGCUCCAAAGCCAGAGAUUCAAACAAUUUGGGCUAAAGAGCGAGAUAUUGAAGUGAUAAGGCCUCCAAAGCCAGAGAUUCAAGUAAUGUGGGCUCCAGAGCGAUAUACAGAAGUGAUACGGGCUCCAAAGCCAGAGAUUCAAGUAAUGCGGGCUCCAGAGCGAUAUACAGAAGUGAUACGGGCUCCAAAGCCAGAGAUUCAAACAAUUUGGGCUAAAGAGCGAGAUAUUGAAGUGAUAAGGCCUCCAAAGCCAGGGAUUCAAGUAAUGUGGGCUCCAGAGCGAUAUACAGAAGUGAUACGGGCUCCAAAGCCAGAGAUUCAAGUAAUGUGGGCUCCAGAGCGAUAUACAGAAGUGAUACGGGCUCCAAAGCCAGAGAUUCAAGUAAUGUGGGCUCCAGAGCUAUAUACAGAAGUGAUACGGGCUCCAAAGCCAGAGAUUCAAACAAUUUGGGCUAAAGAGCGAGAUAUUGAAGUGAUAAGGCCUCCAAAGCCAGUGAUUUAA